UUUUUUUUUUUUUUUUUUUUUAAACCAAACACAUUGGGAAAGGUAGAAAAGCGCAGAGUUUUUGGAGCCAAAUCGAAAGCUUGACAAAGUCGAGGGAUCACGAAGGGCGAUUGGAAGAGUACGUAUCACCGUAACACAGAGGGUAGGAAGAAGCAUAACCCAUUUCACGGAGCUGCUUCGGCUUUUCUCUUCUGUGCCCCACGCACUCUGCGAAUCAUCUUCCUUGGCAGCCCAAUGGAAGUAAAAACAAAAUUCUAAGAAACUACCAGGAAGCUGCUCAGAUAAACUAAAUCUUUUUGUUUCUUCUCCCCACGCCUCUUUCUUUCUCUCUUCCAGGGUUGCAGAGAGUGGCGGAGGGGAGAGAGAGUGAGAUGGAACCUAAGUGGAUAUUCGGGGCGAGAAAUCCCCAGUAUCGUGGGGUUUUCAAUGGUUUAUGUGCUAUGGCUUUGUUUUUCUUAUUCUACAAUCAGGAUAGUUUCGUGAGAAAUCCGUUGUUGGGGAAUUCGCAUUCGGUGCUUCCUCCUCAAUGGGUUUCAAAAGCUGGUUCUUUUCACCAUCAGGGUGAUCGCACUGAGGUUAUUCGUAGGAGAAUUGCCCAAGUUAGUGCUGCUUCGUCGAAUUAUACUGUGGCUGGUAAUGCGUCAGAUACAAAUGAUUUGGCUCUGAGUGAUCCCAAAUUAUGCGCUGGCUUGUUCACACACGAUGGUUAUCGCAGCCACUGCGAGUAUUUGAUUGCUCAUCCGGAGUGUAACUCAGGAGGGUUUUUCAAUUACAUUUCAUUUAUGUACUGUGAUUGUGAGAAAUCCAGCAUUUUGGGGUAUGUAGUGUUGGCAAUUUGGUUGGCUGCCUUGUUCUAUCUGCUGGGUAAUACUGCAGCAGACUACUUUUGUUGUUCGUUGGAGAAGCUUUCGAGCCUCUUGAAGUUGCCAGCAACUGUGGCGGGAGUUUCUCUGCUUCCUCUUGGUAAUGGAGCUCCUGAUGUGUUUGCAAGCAUUGCUGCUUUCGUGGGAAAGGAUGCGGGUGAAGUAGGUCUUAAUAGUGUGUUGGGAGGAGCCGUCUUCGUCACUUGUAUUGUCGUGGGUACUAUAUCUCUUUGUGUUGCAGAGAAGAGAAUUCAGAUUGAUAAGAAGUGUUUCAUCAGAGACAUUUGUUUCUUCCUCUUUACUCUUAUGUCACUUGUCUUAAUAUUGACUAUUGGUAAGGUUAGUGUUGGAGGUGCAAUAGCGUUUGUUUCAAUUUAUGUGGUUUAUGCAUUUGCAGUUGCUGCAAAUGAGAUUGUGAGGAAACAUGUUCGGAAAUUAAGGUUGGAUUCUGUAACACCACUGCUUCCAGUCAAAGGAAGUAUAUUUUCUCAUGGUACUGAAGAGGAUGACACCAUAUAUGCUUCACUACUUGAGUCUGACUCGAACAGUGAUGUACCCCAUCUCCAAAGUAAGUUGCCACAGUGGAUGUGGGCUUCAAAUGUGGCAAUUUAUUCGAAUCAGAAUUUGAAGGCCAGUUCAGAGAGCCCGAGGUCUUUGUGGGGUUGGAAUGAGGAUCAAACGGUCAAUAGAAAUUCCUUCUCUUUGUCUAAAUUGUUAUUGCUGCUGGAGGUGCCAUUGAUGAUUCCUAGGCGGCUGACCAUUCCUGUAGUUGAGGAGGAGCGAUGGUCGAAAGGAUAUGCAGUUGCAAGUGCUGCAUUAGCACCAAUUCUUCUUGCUUUUUUAUGGAACACCCAAGAUGAUCUAGGAAAAUUGAGUGGAGAAAUUGCAUAUUUUGUUGGUGUUAUCACGGGUGGCAUACUCAGUACUCUUGCAUAUCUAUACACCAGAGCUGACCAGCCACCACGCAAGUUUUUAUUAUUAUGGGUUUUGGGAGGCUUUUGUAUGAGUAUUGUCUGGUUCUACAUAAUUGCUAAUGAGCUUGUUUCUUUGCUUGUAGCAUUAGGUGUAAUUUUUGGAAUUAAUCCAUCAAUUCUUGGAUUGACUGUAUUGGCAUGGGGCAAUUCGAUGGGUGAUUUAAUGUCAAAUACUGCACUGGCAAUGAAUGGAGGAGAUGGUGUACAGAUAGCAAUGUCAGGAUGCUAUGCUGGGCCUAUGUUCAACACCCUUGCUGGUUUGGGGAUCUCAAUGCUGCUUGGAGCAUGGACUAAGAGACCUUCAUCGUAUGCAAUCCCAGAAGAUAGUAGCUUGUUUUAUACUAUGGGAUUUCUAAUGUUAGGGCUUGUUUGGUCGCUUAUUGUGCUACCCAGGAGUGAUAUGCGCCCCAACAAAUUGUUAGGAUUUGGCCUUAUUGUGAUCUACUUGAUAUUUCUUUCCUUUAGGUUGAGCACAACAAUGGGUGUUGUUUUGCUGGCAGGUCCACAGUGAUUAAAUGUUGAUUUGAUCACUUUUGUGGAAAUGAUAGUAGAUGAUUUGCGGAACUGUAAGAGCAAUUGAUAUUGAAGAUAAAAUCUUCCCAAUCUUUGUACAGCAUUGAGUUUGAAUAGAAUGAUGACAUCAUAAGGUAUGUCUGUACAUGCAUGUAUAACUAACUAUUCGAUUAUGUUUGCCUAUUAUAGUUUUAAUUGUCACUUAAAAUGGCUCUAUCUUUUAUGUAAAAUAGUUUGGUAUAAAAAUUUCAUGUUAUUGAGUUUGAA